GUGUCGACAGUGAAGCGAGCGGCAUGAGGUCUAGGCUUCGGAUUGUGACACUGUUCCUAAUUAGUUUUUUGGCGCUGAUAUUCCUGGCGAUUGUUCGUGAGCAUCCAGAACAGCAUUCCCCAGAAAGGAGUCAGGGUUCUCGAGCCACCAAGUUUUCAGUGAGCCGACGCACUGCGGAAGUCAAAGUUUCUGUAAACACUUCGUGGUCUAUGGAAUACCGAGUCAUUCAUGAGCCGUACGUGUUCGACGAAGAAAAAUCUGUUUUGAUCGUGGUGACCUCAGCUCCCGGAAACCUCGAGAAGCGGAACGAGAUCCGGAGAGGCUGGGGCAGUUGGCCUCACGUGAGGGUAGUCUACCUCAUCGGCGUACCCGCGAACUACAGUGAGGAGCAGCGGAGGAAAAUCGCGAAAGAAGUGUCCGAUCAUGGGGACGUUGUCCAGAUUGAUUUCGUGGAUACUUACAGGAACCUCACGCUGAAAAGUUGUGCCCUUGUGAUGUGGGCAGUGCGGAACUCGUGGCCCGGUAGAGAUGUCGUGAUCAAGGCGGACGAUGAUACUUGUGUUAACAUGCCCCUGUUGAGCUCCAUUCUCGAAGACUUCACAGACGGUGUUUACGGCGACUACCGUGAGAAGCGCAAGCCAUUGAGGUGUAAACGAAAAGGCUGCAAUAAAUGGGGUCUCACGUUGGACGAAUACGAGGAUCAGACGUUCCCGCCGCAUGUACAGGGCGCGUUCUACGUGAUCACGGAGAGCGUUCUGGGAGAUCUGUACGAAAAGCUUUUCGAGCCCAAAUAUCUGUUCAUUGAGGAUGUGUACCUCACCGGGUUGGUAACACGAGUGGCCGAAGUUCCGGUACGACCGAUGCCGAGCGGAGCUAGAAUAAAUCCGAUGGUACCAGGAAAAUCAUGGCUGGAGCAAAAGAAUCUGGUGGCCCAGCAUCGGUGUCGCGGAAAGCUACAGAAACAAUUUUGGGCAAAGUCUAUAGGAAAAACUCCUUGAUAGCCUGCUGCCGAGCAAUCGCGCGAAUCUCAAGACCUCCAUGGAGCAACGCAAGUCAUACCCUCGGCGUCGGAUGAAAAUAAAGUCUCAUCUUCAGGGAAAAGUUCCGAAAUGCAUAAGUCGCUGUCCCGUCCCAAAAAAUGUCCAGGCGGAGAGGAGCAUCCGUUGAUUGGAAUUUCGGCUCCAACGUGCUCGGGACAUUCGAAGGGUCCUUGGUAACAAGGGCAGACUUCGUGCAGAAAAUCCAUUCUGGAUCGAUCUCACUCAAGGUUCGAAUGUCAAGGAAGCUGGAGCGGAAAGCCGAGCAUCUCCGCCAACAUACGAAGAAUAGAUCCGAGCAAGUCUCGAGCCCGGUCCUCAGAUUUGAGCUCGUGGGAGCUCAAGCCCGAGUUGGGCGCUCAGGU